CGAGGAUGCAACUCGGGCACUCAAUGCCCGAUUGCUGGACCUGGAACAGGCUGUACCAAGACCAACUGCUGGGGCUUCCAGCAGUGCACUCUCUAGCCGCCAACUGGAGCAACGCGUUGACCACAUCCUGGCAAUGCUCGGCGACAUUAACACCUUCGCUGCGCCGUCCACCAUCAGCACUCAGCUGCAUACCUUGAAGACCGAGGUCCAACAGCUGCAGUCGAUGAACGCAGAUGGCAAUCAGAAGAUGCCAAAGUUCGACGACUACACGCAGCAGAAUCCGACCCUCUCCUGGGAGGCAUUCACGACGCAACUCAGGAUUCUGCCUGUCGCUAAGCACAAGUACAUCGGCGCCCUGUUCCUAAACUCAAAGGGCGGAUGCCAGACCUGGUUGACCCACCUGGCAACCUCCCACGGCGUCGACGUACCGGACCUCGAGGACAAGAUCACAUGGGAAGAACUGACGCGGCUGUGGAAGAAGCGGUUCAUCGUCGACGACGCGCCAGCACUUGCCAUCAACCGACUGUUCGCCAUGUCACAGGGCAACACAGCAACACGGGACUGGCUCACGGAGUGGCAGAAGAUUGCGGCUGUGCCCAAUCUGAACUUACCAUUCGAGCAUUUACGCCGUGAGUUCUACAACAGGUCCUAUGCUGCAUUGAGCCAGGUUCUUGGUGAUCGUGAGCAGUACUCAACCUUUGCUGAAAUUAUUGACAAAGCAAGGGAGAUCAUCAAGACCAACAGGUCAGCUGCACACGAGAAAUCAACAUCAUGGCAGCCGACCUAUGUGGAGAAGGUACGAACUGGUCCGCGACAGCAGCACUUCGCUGCAGUCCAGCAGGACAGUGGAGAUAACCCAGCAGCCACUCCAGCAUCAAGUGACGGAGAUCAGGUGGCUGCUGUCCAGCCGCAAUGCACCAACAAGUCCCACAACAAUGGGAAGGCCAAAUCCGCAUCGCAGGCCGGAAAUGGACAGCCAGGACAGUUUCCAUGGGUCAAGUUUGGCUUGACCGAGGCGGAGUACAAGGUCCGCGGCCGCUACGGCAGCUGCUAUUGCUGCAACAGCACCAAGCACAAGACCUCCCUGUGCCAAGAUCAGGGCAAGGAGGAUGUGCGACCCCGCCUCAGCUCGGGAAACUGAGCUCCGCGGAAG